AUGCUUUCUUUCACGGAUAUUGUAAUCGGCUCGGCCUUCCUGGCCGUUGCCCAUGGCCACGCUGCCAUUCUCGGUGCUCAGGGAGACGCCGGCUCACCUGCUAGUGUCGGGUUCCUGGUCGACCCGAACAUUGCCCGUAACUGCACGACGAUCAACCCCUGCCAGCAGGACGCCACGAUCAUUCGCGAUGCCGAGAUCAACAACAACGUCGUCAACGAGUGCGGACGCACUGAGAUUGCUGGCAACAUCGACAUUGGCGAGAAUACCGAAAACGCCCUGGCAGCGAACCAGGUCACGCAGGUUAAGGCGGGCGGCACGGUCACAGUCACUAUCCACCAGGUCAACGCCGACGGUGCUGGUCCCUUCUCAUGUGAUUUGGAUCAGACGAGCAACUCGCUCGCCGGCACCGGCCAGAUUCCUCUCGAGGUCACCAACAAUGUUCCCGGCACCAACGGUUUCUCCCAGGCAAAGGCUCAGCAGUUCAACGUCACUGUCAAGAUGCCCGCUGACAUGAAGUGCACUGGAGCCUCUACCGGAAACGUCUGCACUGUCCGCUGCCGUAACAACGCCGUCGCCGGACCAUUUGGUGGCUGCUUCCCCGUCCAGCAGACCGAUGUCACUCCUACUCAGAACACUCCCCAGAACAUUCAGACCGCCGCCAAGUUGAAGGGUGUUCUCUCGCAGGUUCAGCAGGAUAUUCAGGACUUCCCCGCCGCCGCUGCCGCCAACCAAAAGGACGGAACCCCCGAACAGCUGGCCGCCACUGACGCCGCCAAUAAGGUCUUGGGCGCUCCCCCCGUCACCGUCAAGGAGUUCCCCGUCGAGAACACCGGCCCCAGCCAGACCGGAGGCAACACCGCUGCUGCUCCCCCUGCCGCUGACCCCAACGCCGGCAACGCCAACGCUGGCAACGGUAACGCAAACACUGGAAACAACGGUGGUAACGCCGGCAAUGCCGGAAACGCCGGUGGCAACGGACGUGCACGCGGCAAGGGCCGGGCUGGCAAGCGUGGCAGAGCCGCCAAGCGUGAGGAGAGCGGAUCCCUUCGAUGGGCCAAGCGCUACGUCGUGCCCGGUGCCGACUUCCAGCCUGAGGUCAUGCCAUGA